AUGUGGACCAUAGACCCAUCUCCCGCAAAACACUCCCUAAUAAACUAUCGCGUCACUUCCUAGCCCAUCCCUUAGGAAAAAAGAAACAUUAAAAAAAGGGACGAACGACGCUGGGAAAGAGAGAGAAAGGGACGAAAGUGAAGAUAAAGGAGGAAAGGCAGAUGAAAAGAGGGAUAGUAAGGAGGGAGUAACCGAAACACGAGCAUAUAUAUACCAAACCGUCAUGCCACUCCACAAGUCAUCACACAAGGCAGCUCGCCUGGACCCCACCAUGAUCUCAGCCCCGCUGGGGGACUUCCGCCACACGAUGCACAUCGGGCGAGGCGGAGAUGCUUUUGGUGACACGUCCUUCCUGGCUACUGUUGGCCCCAGCCCUGAUCCUGGGUCUCCACCGGUAGCUGAGUCUAUGGCCCCUGCCGAUCCCGAGAUGCUACUCAACCACUCUGAUGAUGUCACAGCAGAGAGCUUUGGAAGCCCCCUGAACAGUGAGCUUCACCAUUCUGGGUCGCUGUCGUCGUUCACACUUGAUAUGGAUUUUGACCUGGGCCCAUCUAUCAUGGGUGAUGUGCUGGGGGUUAUGGAUGGACUGGGGCUGGACACAGACUUGACUGGGACCUGCAGUAACGAGGAAGACCUCUUCAGUCCAAGCAAAAGUGGGGUUGUUGAGGUGGAGAAAUUCAAAGUGAUGGCAGAGGAUGAAGCUGUCAGUGUAAGGAAUGAGUUGAAUGAGAAGCUUGUAGGGCUGGAAGCAGAUGAGAUGGGAAAUGGACAGAUAAAAGGGGGCUAUGGAGAGAUCAAGGUCAAAAGCCUGAAACCAAAAGUGCGAUUCAGUGACAAACGAGAGGAGAUUAUUCGGCAAGCGUCUGAGGAGGAAGGUCAAGGGUUAGAGGUUGUCGAGGGGGAGGAUGAGGAGGAGGAAUGUGUAACUCCCAAUGAAGGAGAUCGAGAGAGAGGGAACAUCAUCAGUGUGCCAAUUGCAGGAGUUGAGGUACAGCCCACGAAUCACAAGGUGGAUUCCCCUCCCAGUCCCGCCUCUUCACACAGCUCAGAGUAUGAAGGCGUCACCCCACUGGACAGGAGGAGGGUUGACGGGGGUCACUCUGGGACUGAUACCGAGGAGGAGGAGGAGGGAGGAGGAGAUAGUGGACGGGGCUACACAUUUGAGGAUGAGUUUGAUGAUGAAAUUGGCCUAUAGGAGUACAGCUCUGUAUAGUUUACAUGCCUCACCUAUGAUUCUGCAAAUGAUAAUUCAGAAGGGAGGUUUAACCAAAGAUAAUUAUUUUUAGUCUCUGAUAAAAUGUUUUAAGGAGCAAUUGCUCAUUUGGGCCAAGUUUAUCAGAUUUUAUCUAUCUGUAUAUCAGCUACAGGAUAGAAUUAAAUGUAUAGUAAUGGAAUGAAUUGAUGAAUUGUUCAUAUUUUAUUAAUUGCGUCUAAGCAUUUAAUCAUAAGCGAUAGCCAACUUCCUGAAAAACUGUACAUUGACAAAAUUUGUUGCCAGUUAUUAAAGCUAUUUGUUUAAUAUAAUCAAUAUUAUAAGGUUCUCUUUAAGGAAUAGAACAUUUUUAUCUUUGAAAGAAAAAUGCCUAGUAUUCAAAUAACUGUAUUUGAUUACUUCAUUUAAAAUACAAAAAGCCCUUUAGGUUAAAAUAUAUUUCAGUGAGUAGAUGGCAGCACUUUCAUUCAUUUAAACUGGAAGCUUUAUUGUUGAAUCAAUGCAAGACAGAAAUAUGGAAAUUGGUUAAUGACAAUGAUUUAGGCAAAUAUAAAUAUUUUAACACACUUGUUUUAGUUUUAUCAGUUCAAAAAACUGUAUUUAUUUCUUUUAAAAAAGUACAUAUUAUACAGAAAGAUGUAAUUUUAUGCCAAGGGUGCCUUAACCCCCUGAAGAGGUACAGUAGUGUAUAUGUUCCUUGUGUUUUAGCCUUGCUUCUUUCUGGAUCGUUGUUCCUUAAGUCUUAAAUUGGUAUGUAGAAAUCAACUAAAUUAACCAGCCUUCUCAGGACAAACAAAGAAUGCUUAUUUGGAGCUAUUAUUGGGUGUCUUUACUGUAUAUCAGUCUAUGACAAGGUAGCCAUGUUUUGAUUUCAUUUUUCUGGCACUGUUUCCAAAUUUCUUCAUGAUAGCAUUUGUGGCACUAUGUCCUGGUUCAGAUCUGUAGGCACUUUUGGGCAUGAUGUUAAAAUGAUUUGAAAGUAUUGAAAUUUGAUUGUGAAGCUCAGCAUUGUCUUCUACAUGAUUUGAACAUGAUGUGAAAAAUUCAAUUAAGAUAUAAGUAUUUAAAGAUUUACAAAAACAUUUCUCUCAAAACGGGUUCCUUAAAAUGUUGUCAACUCAUCUGAUGUCUAAAAUCCUUCAUGAAUCAUCAAUGAACAAGUUCAGCUACACUAUAUGGCCCUUUUGAUAGAUUUAAACAAACCACAUUGGUAUCAUCCUGGUCACAACCAUAAACUGUCAACUCCCUGAUAAAGAUAUUAUUUUGAUAUAAAAAAAAUAUAUUGUCAUAAAACCACCCAAAAAAUAUAUUUCUGCCUAAUGUCAACAGUGAGUGCUUUGAUCUGACUAAGGUUUUAAAAAAAUUUUUUAAGGGUUUUCAAAUCAAUUGUGAAAAUUAUUUACUGUUCUGUAACAUACAUUGUUAAACAAAUGACAGCAUUUUUUCUGUACUAGAUCCGAGUGAUAAUGUUUGCUUUUUAAAUAUUGUUUUAUUUUCUAAAUUUAGAAAGACUUACCUGGAAUCAUUAUGUAACGCUGUACAUUUGGAGAUUUGCAUUACAUGUUAUAAUUUUUUUUUAUUUAAAUGAAACAAUCAAGCCAUAUUACCACUUAAGUUUAAUACAUAAAAGUUAUAUGUAAUUAUUUUACUAGUUUUUACUAUUAUACAAAUGUAUCUUUAUUGUGUCUGACAAAUCCAGUUAGCUUCACUUUAUGAAAACAUGACAUGGUGUGACAGCUGGUACUUUGGUCUCUUUUUAUUUACUGUAUAUUUCUAAUAUAAAAAAAUGGUGGAACAAAUUGUAUUUCCGGUAAAAUGUUAGCAUUUGAAAACUAAACAUAAUGGUUGCUGUCAAACAUUGUCCAUAGACUGCGUACAGGGGAAGGAAAACAAUGUAUAAUUUGGGUGAACUAUCCCUUUAUAAUGGAUGGUCUUUAUAAGAUAUAAAUGUUGUAUAAUUCCUAUUUUGAACUGUGAACUUUCCACAUUCCAGUAUUUUAGUUCUUGAGUUUUACUGACCCAACUGACUUUAAAUGUAUUUUUAUUCUGAUGCAUUUAGCCUGUUAAUGACAAAAAGCAAUUACAUUUUUAUUUGGGGGGGCUAAAAUGUAACAACCACUGAAUGAAAAGCAUGCAUGUGUACCCUAGUAUGUCUAGGGCACAAUUACUGUAUAGCUGUUCGCUCAACGGUUAUGGGUAAAGACAGUCAAAGAAUAAACAUUGUGUAAUAAACAUUGUUUGUGAUGAACAGCAGACUGAAUAUGGGAAAUCCGGGCGUCUUUUUCUGUAGUAACAUGGGCCUCUUUUAAGAUGAUGUUUAACAAAUGUUUCCAAUAUCUUGCUGCUUUUCUGAAAAUGUCCAAGAUGAGAAUUGUGCGUGGAUGAAAUUGUUUGUUUCCACAGUCAUCAACCAAAUUACAUUGACAUGGGUGGAUCCAAAAAUAAAUCUGAUUCAAGGGAGUGUGGCACAUUGCUGUAGUUUUCCAUGACAGGAUUAACGAGUAUCUUCAACAACAGUCGACUGUCAAGCUGGGAAGGACAUUUCUGUUCACCUAACGAGUUGACAUUUCCUCAAGUUCUUGGUUUCUGGGAUUUAGGAUGGACUUUACCCAUGACAAUUGACUGUCCCUGGGACAUGAGGAUUUUAUGAUGGACUUUACCCAUGAUAAUUGACUGUCCCCAGGACAUGAGGAUUUAGAAUGGACUUUACCCAUGAGAACUGACUGUCCCCAGGUCAUGAGGAUUUAGAAUGGACUUUACCCAUGAGAACUGACUGUCCCCGGGACAUGAGGAUUUAGAAUGGACUUUACCCAUGAGAACUGACUGUCCCCAGGUCAUGAGGAUUUAGAAUGGACUUUACCCAUGAGAACUGACUGUCCCCGGGACAUGAGGAUUUAGAAUGGACUUUACCCAUGAGAACUGACUGUCCCCGGGACAUGAGGAUUUAGAAUGGACUUUACCCAUGAGAACUGACUGUCCCCGGGACAUGAGGAUUUAGAAUGGACUUUACCCAUGAGAACUGACUGUCCCCGGGACAUGAGGAUCGAACCUCAGUAUGAAUGAACACAAAUGCUCCUGCAGCAGCAGUCAGAAUCAGUGGACGUUAAUGUUGCUGUAAAGGUUUAUGAUGGUCAGUAGUCAUUAAAAAUUCCACAACCAUCACAGCCCUACAUCCCCUUAUAUUUAAUGCUAAUUGUACAAAUAAUGCUGUAUGGAGGAGGGUGUCUAGAAAGAAUGUCUUUAGACUUAUUCAUCUCAUGAGUACUCAUUGAUAUGCUGGUUCAAUAAAUGUCUUUCUUUACAGCC